GCCAAUUCCUUCGUUCCUUCCAUACUCCAUACUCCUCUUACUCCAGACUCUUCUUCCUCUUCUUCUUUUUCUUAUUCCCUCGCCUUCAGUCCCUCUGCCAGACACGUCAACUCUCUCAUUGCUUUGCUGAGCCCCCUUGAGAUAAGUUACUUCGGAUCCUUUCCGUAUCCACUGAUCAAUAUGAGCGGCUCUCCAGGUACCCCGAGUCGGCAAGACCAAGCGAAGGUACAGGAUGCCUUUGGCGAUGAAGAGUUUGCCGAGGUCAAAUACAAAGUUCUCAAAUGGUGGCAAUGCGGUGUCCUCAUGGUGGCCCAAACCGUUUCUCUGGGUGUACUAUCUCUGCCCGCUGCUGUUGCUUCCUUGGGCUUAGUUCCGGCCAUGAUUGCACUGGUUCUCUUGGGCAUGCUGGCUACUUAUACUGGCUAUGUGAUCGGGCAGUUCAAGUGGAGGUAUCCCCAGGUCUGCAACAUGGCAGAUGCAGGGGAGGUGAUCGCCGGCAGGAUCGGUCGGGAAGUCCUAGGCGUAGACCAGGUCCUGUUCCUGGUAUUUAUAAUGGCUAGUCAUCUGCUCACCUUCAUCAUUGCUAUAAAUGCCAUUACAGGCCACGGGGCAUGUUCUAUUGUCUUUGGCGUGAUAGGCCUGAUCAUCUCAUUCGUCUGCUCAUUACCUCGCACGCUGGUCAAGAUGUCCUGGCUUUCGUACGUUUCUUUUGCUAGCAUCUUGUCAGCGGUGGUCAUCACUAUGUUUGGUGUGGGCUUUCUGCACCCCGGAAAAGGCGUCGAAGCCACUGUACCUACCGACCUGAUUCAUGGGUUUGGGGCCGUGACUAAUAUCGUCUUCGCCUUCUCCGGACAUGUCGCAUUCUUUGGCCUUGCCGCGGAAUUGAAGGACACUCAUGAUUUUACCAAGGCGCUAUGCUUACUGCAAGGCUUUGACAUCUCGUUGUACAUGAUUGCAGCGGUCGUGAUCUACAGAUACGGUGGCGCAGAGGUGGCUUCACCUGCUUUGAGCUCCGCUAGCCCCAUGGUUUCCAAGGUCGCAUACGGCAUUGCCCUCCCCACUAUCAUUAUUGCAGGCGUGAUCAACGGGCACGUGGCCUUCAAGUACAUAUACUUGCGCGUUUUCAGUGGCACUGAUCGAAUCCACAAGCGCGAUUGGAUUGCAAUCGGCUCUUGGGUCGGUAUCGCCCUGGGCUUGUGGUUGCUUGCCUGGAUCAUAGCAGAAGCCAUUCCGGUGUUCAGCAACUUGCUUGGCCUAGUCACUGCCCUCUUCGCUAGUUGGUUCACUUUCGACUUCAGUGGUAAAGUCGCCCUGACCAUGCUCAAUAUUCUUAGCUUUAUUGUCGCCGCUUGCUUGUGCGGUCUGGGCCUCUAUGUCUCCGGCAAAGCGAUCCAUGACCAUCCCAGCAGCAUGAGCUUCUCGUGUGCAGACAAUUCGACCUGA